AUGCCCAAGCUCACUUAUCAGGUUGAGAACGCCCCAGGCCGGAUAUACGGCAAGAACUCCAACGAGCUGGUGUUCAAGGAGCCAAGUAGAAAUGCCGUUAUUUACAGCACAUCUACCGAGACUGGCUGGGUGAAGAGCGCAAAGAAGCAUCUCUGGCGUGGCCAGCCAAGCGAGAAGGACGGCGGCAUCUGCAUCGCCACCAUCGAUGAGCCAAGCCAUGCAACGCUGGCCGUGCACCCCUCCCGGACGGCCGAGGCAGGAGCCGAGGAGGCAGAGUCGUCGCCGGCGGACGAGAAGGCGAAGCUGAAGCUCAAGAGCACCUGGUUCGGGAGCAACAACCGCACCGUGACGUUCAGGGACGUCACGUACACGUGGACGGGGACGUCCAAGAUCACAGAUAAAGACGGCAAGGUGGUCGCCAAGAUGGCGAAGCCCUGGUUCUAUCAAGGAAAGCUUGGCGACCUAGAGAUCGACGUCGACGAGGGCGACGAGGGCCGCGAGGUUCUGGAGAUGGUUCUGGCCACAUAUGUCCAGCGCUGGUGGGAAGAAAAGGCCAAGGCGGUGAAAGCCGCCGAGGAAGCAAAGGAGCAGAAGGCCAAGGAGAAGAAGGCCGCGCAGGUAGUGGCAAAGUCGCAGAAGCAGCAAGAAAAGAAGGAAGGAGAUAAGAAGAAGGCAGAGGCGGAAACGCAGGAACCAAGUUUGUGA